AUGUCUGACACAGCGAGGACUCAGAAUAUAACUCAAACUCCCCUGCAAAUUGCCGAAGCCAAGAAAGUCGCCGCAGGCAGACGAUACAUAGGAGUACGAUAUAGAGCUUUCGAGCAAGCCCAGAACGCAUGCGGGGGUAGAUUGAGGGAGGAAAUCAUAAAAGUUGCAGCCGAACUCGGGUCGAUGAGAGAAAGAUACGAGCGAGAAUUGGCCGAAAAUGACCCUAACAGCAGCGAAACAGCGCGGGUCAUCGACAAGUUGACCAGAAAGGCGUUGGACUUACAAAAUCUAUUGCUGGGGAUGUCGUAUCUCAAAGAAGAACGGGAUGCUAGCGACGAAUUGUCGAAGGCGCUCUGGGAGUUCUAUCUUUUGAAGAAGGUGCCUUCCUUGACGGAGGAGUUAUUAGGGGAUAGUUUGGUUAGACGAUACCUAGGUAUUAGUUAG